UUAAUAUAAAAGCGAAUAUUUAAGUUUACAAUUGGCUUAGUGUGAUGUGGUGCGGUGAUAAGUGCAGUGUGCAAAACAUGAAAAUAUGGAUUCAAAUAGAAAGGUUUAUAACAAUGUAGUGUGGUUGGCAGUGAUAGUCGUGUAGAAGCUUGCAAUUUCCAAACUUUUGCACUCUAAGCCACUACACAAAGCAAAUGCUUUGUGUAUACCGCAGGCUAACGUCUGCAGAAUUCGAACUGAAGAAAAUAGUGUCUAUCUAAUGUCAAAAUAGACGGUGUCAAUAUUCAUGUGUGAAUGUCGACAAUGUUGUCAUAGAAACGCUACCAAGGCUCGAGAAACAAAAAACGUUGCAGAAAACACGAGCACGAACAAGAUGGCAGGACUACUGAACGAAAAGUAUUUACAAGAUUGAACAUCGCUAUUGAUAAAAAUCGAAUUUUCACAAUGUCUGACACUAGUGAUAGUGACGACGAAAGUCGUCCAUACGUGAUCGUCCAAUUCGUGACAAGAGGAAGAAAAGGGUCCAUAAAACAACUGGACAUUGUGCCAAGAAAUUGGCUCGACUGGAACGCGAAGACAAAAAAAAUAAAAUGUAAAUUUCUUCCGCCACCAUACACUGAGAGAGAUUCCGAACUGUUACAUAACAUUGUAAAGAAUUUAGACACUGCACCAACAUCAUGGCCGGAGUACACCGUGGAAAUUAAAGCACAUGGAAAAACGUAUGCCGAUGCUCUGCUUAGAUUACAAUUAUUAAAUGACAAGGAAUUUGCUUUUACAAGUAAUUCAAAUGAAGAUCAAAAUGAAAAAUCAAAGAAAGUAGAAAAUUCAAUUCGCAAAAAAAAACUUUUAAAAAAUGAAAAACAGAUAAACGAACUAUUCAAUUCUGUCACGACAGUGGAAGAAUUUCUUCACGAGGAUCGUCUUCCAAACGAAUCUUUUAAAAUAUUAAAAAAGACUGGCGAAAAAUCAUAUGCAGAAAAAAUUGGUUCUUCCAAAUUAUCUAGCUCAUCUAAAUGCGAAAAUUUAUCAAAAAGACUUGAGAAAAAGAAUAAAUGCACGGACGAAUCUGCAAUAUGUGAUACCUUAUUCGAAGAUGAGUGUAUGUCACAGCAAACCAACGACAAAAAUUACACUGCAAUGAAAAAUGAUUCUUAUGAAGAAUCUAGUAAAGAUAAACAUGACAAAGAUGAAAAAUUCUAUGACUUGGACUUGUUUUCAAAUAAUUUAGAUCAACAGUGCCAGGAGGAAAAUGUCUUACUGUUUGAAAAUGAAAUACCCGUCAUAUCAACUAUUCCGAAUAUUUUAACAAACCAGCUAAACGAGGGUUCCGCUGAUGUUAUACAACAGUUGAAAUCUGCGAUUGAAAUAAAUGAUACAAAAAUAAAUUUGCUACUUUCAAAAGUAGAAAAUAUCGCAUUUGAUAUAAAAAAAAUAAAAAGUGUUCUGAUUAAUCAAACGGCUGCUUGUAAUUUAACACAAAAUUAAAAAUGGAAAAUUUUUGUUCUGAAUUUUGUGCUUAUUUACGUCAGUACAUCGAUGUAGAUCAAACAUUAUCGAAAAACAUUAGCAACAAAUUAAAAAUAAUUAUGUCAAGAGAGAUUGC